GGAUUAAUCCGGCCGAGAGCGGGAACCCGCGCUACCCUGCAGGGCGGCGGCGGCGGCGGCAGCUGUGGAGUGUCCAAGGUUUUCCAUUUCACGGAAGGCGCCAUGAGCUGCAUCAACUUGCCCACCGUACUGCCCGGCUCCCCCAGCAAGACCCGGGGGCAGAUCCAGGUGAUCCUCGGACCCAUGUUCUCAGGAAAGAGUACCGAGCUGAUGAGACGGGUCCGUCGCUUCCAGAUUGCCCAGUACAAGUGCCUGGUGAUCAAAUAUGCCAAAGACACCCGUUACAGCAGCAACUUCUCCACGCAUGACCGGAACACCAUGGAGGCCCUGCCAGCCUGUCUGCUCCGGGAUGUGGCCCAGGAGGCCCUGGGCGUGGCUGUCAUAGGCAUCGACGAAGGGCAGUUUUUCCCUGACAUUGUGGAGUUCAGCGAGUCCAUGGCCAACGAAGGGAAGACUGUCAUCGUGGCUGCACUGGAUGGGACCUUCCAGAGGAAGGCUUUUGGGAGCAUCCUGAACCUGGUGCCCCUGGCCGAGAGCGUGGUGAAGCUGACGGCGGUGUGCAUGGAGUGCUUCCGGGAGGCCGCCUACACCAAGAGGCUGGGCGUGGAGAAAGAGGUAGCCCCCUCCUGCCUUCUCCAUGGGGUGGGGGUGGGGGUGGGGGGGUGCCGCACCCCCACUCAGUCCAGGUGCGUCGUGUCCCGUGGCCAGGUCGAGGUGAUCGGAGGAGCAGACAAGUACCACUCUGUGUGCCGCCUCUGCUACUUCAAGAAGGCCUUGGGUCAGCCCACCGGGCUGGACAGCAAAGAGAAUAAAGAGAACUGCCCGGUGCUCGGAAAGCCUGGGGAGGCCAAGCCCAAGGAGGUCAUGGGAGCCAGAAAGCUGUUUGCCCCUCAUCAGAUCCUGCAGUGCAGCUCCUCCAACUGAGGCGCUGGGCCCACACCCGGGCCGGGCGCUGACCGGCCACCUGCUCCCGUGCCUGCGGCCGCCCCCCCCCCCCCCCCCGGCGGACACCUGCCCCCUGCGUGCUGCGGCCUUCUCGGAGGAGGAAGUGGGGGUGAGGGGGAGGUUGCGCCAGCGCUGGAGCUUUCUGCCCUCUGUGGCGGCCUUUCCUGGGCCUUGGGCCGGUGGUCUGUACGUCACACUUCCCUCCUUGCCUGCCCCCAGGCCUCUCAGUUCCCUCUCCAGGCUGGAGCGGGGGUGGCGUGGGGUCUGGCCUCUGCAGACGCCCCUCCCUCUCCAAGGGGUGAGGCCAGAGCCGCAAGCCAGUGUGACAUCGGCCUCUUCCCCCUUUGUGGCUUUCACUGUUGAGUUUCUGUUCUCACUGGGAAGUUUGUGCACCAGCACCCCUGGCUCAGCACCGAGCCUUCUCUCACGGAAAGACUCAGUCCCUCCUUUUGGUGUAGCUCCUGGCCCCUCUGAGGAUGGCUGGACUUGUUCUUACUUCCCUUUGAGCUGGAAGCCCUUCCUGCUCUGGUGAUCAUUUUCUCCAGAAUUACAGCUUCUUCCACGUGGGUGACUCUGGGGCUCAGAUCCCAGGGCCUUGUGUUUUGAGGAAGGAGUGCUGUGUGUGUGAAAUUAAUAAUAUUAAAACUAUCAGUUGAUG